AGCAGAUCUCCCUCUUCCAGGCCAUGCAGAGGGACCUGAUCGUCAAGAACCAUGGCAUCCGCCUCCUGGAGGCCCAGAUUGCCACGGGUGGUGUAAUUGACCCAGUCCAUAGCCACCGUGUGCCCGUGGACGUGGCCUACCAACGUGGCUACUUUGAUGAGGAGAUGAACGGCAUCCUGGCCGACCCCGGGGAUGACACCAAGGGCUUCUUUGACCCCAACACGCACGAGAACCUCACCUACCUGCAGCUGCUGCGCCGCUGUGUGCGGGACCCGGACACUGGGCUGUACAUGCUGCAGCUGGCAGGAAAGGGCUCCAGCGUGCACCAGCUGAGCCAGGAGCUGAGGCGCGCCCUUCGGGAGGCGCGUGUGACCCCAGGCUCAGGCGACUUCCAGGGCCAGAGCAUCUCCGUGUGGGAGCUCCUCUUCUACCGCGAGGUGCCCGAGAGCCUGCGCCAGGACCUGCUGCGUCGCUACCAAGCUGGCGGGCUGACCGUUCAGGACCUGAGCGCCACCCUCACCUCGCUGCUGGCCCGGGCCAAGGACGGCAGCCCACGAGUGGAUGCCCGGGAGGCCCUGGGCAAGGCCACCAUGCAGGUCAAAACGGGGCCUCUCCGGGGACGAGAGGUCCCCGUGUGGGACGUCCUGGCAUCCAGCUAUGUGAGCGGGGCCACCCGGGAGGAGCUGCUGGCCCAGUUCAGCUCUGGGACGCUGACUCUGCCCAUGCUGAGGAGAAGGCUGACCACCAUCAUGGAGGAGGCCGAGGACACGCAGGAGGCCGAGGACACGCAGGAGUCCAAGCCAAAGCCGAGCGUCCCCUCCCUGGACCAACAGGAGCCUGGGGCCGGGAGCUCGGGGACCGUCCCAGACAAGGGCGAGGUCCAGGAGGACGCUGAGAGGGCCAGGCAGCAGCAGGAGCAGGCUCUGCGAGCCGCCACCAUGCAGGUCCAGCAAGGACAGUUCCGGGACCAGCCGGUUUCCGUGUGGAAGGUGCUGUUCUCCUCCUACCUGAGCCAGACCCGCCGCGAGGAGCUGCUGGCCAGCCACUUGGCCGGCACCCUGGGCCUGGACCAGCUCAUCUCCAUCCUCACCCGGCUCAUCCAGGAGCCAGAAGAAGGGCUCAGCAAGGUGUCUUUCCGUGGCCUGAGGCGCCAGGUGACGGCCUCUGAGCUGCACACGUCCGGGAUCCUAGACCCCGAGACCCUGCGGGAUCUGGCCCAGGGGAUCAAGAGCCUGCGGGAGGUGACAGAGAUGGACUCUGUCAAGCGCUACCUGGAGGGCACCAGCUGCAUUGCGGGCGUCCUGGUGCCCGUGCAGGGAGAGCCCGGGCGCCAGGAGAAGAUGAGCAUCUAUCAGGCCAUGUGGAAGGGCGUGCUGAGGCCUGGCACGGCCCUGGUGCUGCUGGAGGCCCAGGCGGCCACCGGCUUCAUCAUCGACCCGGUGCACAACCGCAGGCUGUCUGUGGAGGAGGCCGUGGCAGAGGGCGUGGUGGGGGGCGAGGUCCAGGAGAAGCUGCUGUCUGCCGAGCGGGCGGUCACGGGCUACACGGACCCCUACUCCGGGGAGCAGAUCUCCCUCUUCCAGGCCAUGCAGAGGGACCUG